CCGACUUUCUAAGCCGUUGACACCGUUACGUCGGUAUCCAGUUCGGGAGAACGCUGUCCCCACUGGCCGAGCUGUCAGCUAUGUAAUCGAAGAGCAUUCUGCUUAAAUAGUGCUUAUUCUGCCCCUCGUGAACCAAGAUCCUACUGAUUUACUUCAUCAUACCACUCUAUAUUCAACAGUAAACAUGAACUUCUUCAAAAGAGUGCGACAUCCAGUCCAGGACUUGCGGCGACGCAGUUCUGUGGUUGUUGCGGCACAUGAAGGUUAUGAUACUAGGCCUCUGCCACGUUUGACAUGGCUGGGUGUAGGCAUGGGUAUUCUUGUUUCCAUGGGCGGAUUCAUCUUUGGUUAUGAUACAGGUCAGAUCUCAGGUUUCCUUGAGAUGACAGACUUCCUACGUCGAUUCGGCCAACGGCAUGCUGAUGGGACCUACUACUUCUCCAACGUCAGAGCCGGCCUAAUCGUUGCAAUGCUGUCUAUUGGUACACUCAUUGGUGCCCUUCUCGCAGCUCCUGUAGCAGACCGUGUGGGUCGAAAACCUAGCAUGACGUUCUGGUGUAUAAUUUUCUCCGUUGGAAUGAUCGUACAAAUCUCCGCAACGAAUAAAUGGUACCAGGUCAUGCUGGGUCGGCUAGUUGCCGGAUUCGGCGUUGGUGCUUUGUCUCUUGUUGUUCCCAUGUACCAAGCAGAGACGGCACCUCGCCAUAUUCGUGGAGCCUUGAUAUCUACGUACCAGCUCAUGAUUACCUUCGGUAUCUUCCUUGCCGCUGUUUUCAAUUAUGCAGCUGAGCGACACCAAGAUGGAAAGGCUGCGAGCUGGCAGAUCACAAUGGGACUGAGCUUUGUCUUUGCCGCCAUCCUGGGUGUUGGUAUUCUUUUCUUCAAUGAGACCCCCCGAUACGACGCUCGCCAUGGCCGGAUAGUCAGAGCUAAAAAGACAAUGAUGAAGGUUUAUGGAGUGCCCGAAAACCACUACAGCAUCUAUCACGAGAUGGCCGAGAUCGAGCGAAAGUUAGCGGAGGAGGAUAGACAAGGAAGCGCGAUCCGAGAAUGGCUAGGCAUGUGGAAGGCACCUAAGAUGGCAUAUAGAUUGUUUCUAGGCAUGGGACUGCAGAUGUUUCAGCAGCUUACUGGAGCAAACUACUUCUUCUACUAUGGAACCACUAUCUUUGUGGGAACUGGUAUCCGCAACUCGUUUGUCACACAAAUGAUUCUUAACGGUAUCAACUUUGGCGUCACAUUCUAUGGCCUGUAUAUCGUCGAGCACUACGGCCGUCGCAAGUCUCUCAUCGCCGGCUCCAUCUGGAUGUUCAUCUGCUUCAUGAUCUUCGCCUCAGUCGGACACUUCGUCCUUGACCGCUCAGAUCCCUCGCGCACGCCCAAGGCCUCCAUCGCUAUGAUCUGCUUCGCCUGCUUCUUCAUCUUCGGCUUCGCAACAACAUGGGGACCUAUGAUAUGGGCCAUCUGUGGAGAGCUCUACCCAUCCCGCUACCGUGCUAAGGCCAUGGCACUCAGCACCGCAUCGAACUGGCUUUGGAACUUCUUGCUCGCGUUCUUCACUCCGUUCAUUACUGGCGCUAUUGACUUCAGGUAUGGGUACGUAUUUGCUGGGUGUAACAUCCUUGCCGGCAUUGGUGUCUAUCUCUUCGUCAUCGAAGGUCAGGGACGUACGUUAGAGGAGAUCGAUACGAUGUACAUUAUGGGUGUCAAGCCUUGGGAAAGUUCCAAAUGGCAAUUCCCUGAAGAGGAGCGCAUUGCGAGGAAAGAAGACCAGGCAUGAGUGAUGCUCUGACCUGGUAUGAUCACGCGGUAAUGAGAUGUUUUGGGAGGUGGCUGAUAAAUUGAGGGUUUUCUUUUUGGCGAUCGAUCAAGUCUCAUAGGCGGCUGGUGUCUAGGGUGUUAGGUGCUUCAACGGAUCACACUCUUGUAUAUAAUGCUAAUGAAGUAAAUGGAGCAAGUAAACUAAAGACCAAUUGCUCUUGAU